UCAAUAAUCAAUUCAUCGUAUACUUUCAUUUGAGAUAUCAAGAUGGAUUGGGUAUUGUGCUGACAUUUUCUGUUGCGAGACGAUCUCGUACUCUACUACUGGGCAUGAUCGAGGAGGCGCCUCUCAAUGUCGUAUGACGUUUGAUAUAGUCAUCAGUACAACCGGUUGCACACGACAUAGUGGGAUCCUUGGCUACCUAAUAGCCUUUUUUUGGCAAAAAACGAGCAUUUCGACAGUUAUGUUGGCUAUUGGGUUAUCAACGGAAUUCGCCUUCCUAUUUGCAACGAUGGCGACAAUAGGCGAAGAAAUUGGAAAGCCUCAUAGCCAAAGGAUUCUUUCACUGUCAAGUAAUGAAGAAGAAGAGACGAACACCGCCACAGUAGCACAGACAAUAGGUGAUGAAGCAAGUAGUAAUGCACAAGGGCUCAAUAACAACGACAGCAGCCGUCGGCCAUCAUUGACAAUACAACGUCGAACUUCACAUUUCUCUACUCGAAGUCAAAAAUUACCAAGGAGAUCCACAGCAUCAGCAAAUGCAACCCUCAACUGCGAUUCGAGCAUGGACAGACAGGCUUUAUGGUCGUUGUGAUUUUAAACGUAAACGGAAAGCCCCAUAAGCAAGACAAUGCAUAGUGCGCCGCCACCUUCAUCUGGAACUACUAG